AUGAGCGAAGACCACGAAGAACGAUUAUCAACACCCUCAAUUUUGGAAAAUAACAACAAACAUAUGAUGGAUAGUGAUAUUAGCCCUCUUACGUCAAUCGGAAAAGAGCAAAAUAAUAGUCCAUUGAUGGAGAAUUCUUGUGUGCCUUCUCCCAUUGCUUCUAGAUUGGGAGAACAAGAUGAGGCAAAUAAUGUACCUAAGGAACACUGUCCGAUUCCGACUCCAGCAGCAUCAAGAAAAAACACAGACCACAAUGAAGAUCCAACAAGAGAAGACCUUCUCAAGACAAGAUCUGUUCCUUCUAUUGUGCCCAAGCUUUCUUUAAGCAACUUGAAACAACACACUUCUUCACCCGCUCUUAGACCGAGUAGCGCAAGCAAGGGAUUGAAUCGGUCCAUAGAAAAACAAAACUCAGACCGUAUUAAUAGAAACAUUUCACAAAGCCCUUCACUAGACUCUUGCAAGCGACCUUUAACAAAUAGAUCCAAGCAAAGCGCUUCACCUGUAACGCCAACCCGAAAAAGCCUCACUGUAUUUUCCCCAAAAAUUUGCUCUUCAGCAAGCAGUUUGUUAUCAACCAAUAGAAGAUCGCAAUCCAGAGAACGGAUAGCAAAACUCUUUACGCCUCCAAGUUCUAAGGGCUUUUCUAGUGCAUUUUCAGACCUCACUGAUUUUGUCGAAAUUAACAGAAACUUGGAAUCAAUGGGUAUGAAAUUUGUAGAUUAUGGAGAAAAAAAGAGCUUGGAAAAUUUUGAUGAACACUCAAAGGAGAAAAUAUUGCUCACUUCUCCAAGAUCAAUUGAGGCUUGUUUACGCACUGGAAUAGCACCAACAGAACUCAUUUACAAAGAUGAGUCUGAAUUCUAUUCAAAAGGAGCAACUACUGACAUUGUGAAAAUGAGAUGGACACACUACGAAUCAAGAAGAAAAGAAAAAUUGCAAUCGGUCAGGGAAGAACGACAUAAAAUUGCGAUUGAGGACGCUGAUGCUGGCGACUGCAUUCUCAAUGGAGAUAAUACUGUCGUCGAUGAAACAUUUGGAGUGCUCCUUGAAGAGCAAAAGAAAUAUGAACAACAGUUCAAUAACAACAAAUCAUAUGUUGAACAUCUGAUUAAUUACGAAAUUGAAUCAAAACGGAAACAACAAGAGAAAGAGAAAAAACUAAAAUUGAGAGAGGAAAAAAUAGAAAUGGAAAAGCAGAAACGAAUGGAAAGGCAACAAGAAAUCAUAAGAAAAAGAGACCAAAAUGAUUUUGAAAGACAACAGGAGCUUGAAAAACAACGAAACGAUCGUCGAGCAAAAGAAAUUGAACGACAAAAAGAAGUGGAAGAGCGAGAAAACGCCAGGACAAGACAGGUAGAAGAUAGAUUCAGGGAACUACAGGUGAAAACGGACUUUCUGAAAAUGAGGAAAACAGAAAAAAUUAAACAAACACUCAUGAGAGAUGAAGAACUUCAAAAAGCAAAAGAGCAGAGCCUUCUUGAAAAGCAAGAGAAUUUCGAAAAGAAGAUUAAGGACAUUGAAAUGUUGAAAGAAAAAACAAUUAGGCAGACAAAGGAAAUUGCUCUUUUAAAGGACAUGAAAAUUCGGGAAACAAAAAUGAAAAGUGAUCGAAUCGAGCAAGCACGAGUUUCCAAGGUUCUGGACAAACUCAACAGUAACGAAGAUCAGCUGAAAAAGUUUGAACACGAGAAAUCGUUGUUGAUGCAAAAAAAGAAAAUUGAGGAACAAAAUAAGGAGCUCCACAGAAUGGAUGUGAUUCAAAAGAGCAAGGAAGAAAUGGAAAAAAAGGUUGAAAAGAUAAUACUCAAACAACAAAAGGACGAAAUGAUGAAUGCAGAAAUGAUUGAAAAAGCAAGAAGUGAAGCUUUACGAAAAUUGGAAGAGCAGAGGUUGAAAGAAAUUGACAAGCAAGAGAACGUGGAACGAGCAAAGCGAGUGGAGCAAUUUAAAAAGCUACAAACCAUGACCCUUAUCGAGGACAAGAAGAAAAAGGUAGACCUUAUUGAACAAGCCAAACAAGAAUUGCAAGAAAAAAAGCAUUUACAAAAAACUCUUCUCAAAAGAAGUCGACAACUUCUACAACGAGUUGUUAAUCCAGAUUCUGUUAAUGCUGAAGAAAUUAUAGAGACCAUUAUUUCACCACGAUCUCGCAAGUAA